AUGGCCAUGAGGGAAACAGUUGAGAAUCAAAUGAGUUGUCCUUCAAUUACUUCUUCUUCGCGUGUUGCAAUUUUUUUCAUUUUUGUCGUCUGUGGUGCUCUGCUAUGUUCAUCUAUUUCUUCACUCCUUACCUUUACUGUUUUGAUUUUAUCCACUCUUCUCCUCUUCAAAGUCACAAAGAGAAAAUCGAUUACCAGUACUGGUGAUGAUCUAGCAAGAGAAGAAGUUGUUAGCACCACCAUUUAUAGGGAAGUUUCGGAAGAGGUUACCCAUGAAAAGCAACAGGAAAGUAUGGAUAUUUCGGAAGAGGAGGAAGAAAGUAGAGAAGAAGAUGAAGUGGGUCAGCUUCAAAAGAAUCAAAACAUCGUGACAGGAUCACAUGGUUUAUCGUCAGAGAGCGAAAGGAUGGAUCACUCAUCGUCGACUAGUGAGGGUUCUGAGUUUGAUUGGGCGUUUCCCAGUGAAGUAAGAUGGGGUCCAGCUGCUUGCUCUGAUGAUUCCAUUUCAGACGAUGACAGCCUUAUUGAAAUCGAGCUCCCAGAAGGUACCUAUUUUGGUACAAAGGAAGAACCAAUUACUGUAAAGUCACGGCCAAAUUUGCCGGAUUUCUUGCCGGAAUCAAUGUUCCCACAAGAGGAUCUGAUGGGUAUUUUGGCAGAGAUUAAUGAGAUGAACGAAGAAGAAAACUUGAUUGAAAUCGACAUAUCAAUGGGUUCCAUCAAGUGUUCAAGGUUAGAGAUUGAAGCAUAAGUUGUUGUUGUUGGCACUUUGGAGUUCAUCUUCUCUACGAAGCCUAUCUGUGCCUUUGGAAGUUGAUGAUAUUCUUAUUGUCACUUGUCAGGGUUUAGGAUUAAAACUAAAAGUUUUGAAGUUUAGGGUUUCAUCCCUCUUGUCCCGUUAUAGUGCUUCAAAGUUGUUCUACUUUUUCAUUGACAUUUUUUUUUUUUUUUACCUUCUUCACAAAUA